AUGGCUGGCAAUUUUGGACGCAGACUGUACACCAAUCUUUGGGAAGCAGCAAAUCCCUUCUUCGGACGGGGCAUCAAGACGAGUCGCGUCCACCCCUUCAGCGAGCAUAUCAGUUCCGGAAGUUUCGUUCAUGAUUUUCUUUUCAAGCAAAAUGCCCGAAAAUUCUCUUCUCAACCCACGCGGAGAACACAAAUCACCCGACGCUUUGCUUCCGGCGGUUUUAUCGUCAUCGGAGCCUCUCCAAACUCAGCUGCGGUAGAAACUGGCACCACCUGUGCUAUUUCGCCAGAGAAAAUCCUCACGCACAGGAGCUAUGCGUUCGACAGAUAUCUUUUCCCUGGAAUUCCGCGCAACGCGUUCCAGCGGCGCUUCCAUACGAGCACGAGCCAUAAAGAUUACCACCCAAAUAACGAGAUAUCAAAGGAUUCUAUAAAAAGCGAAAACGAUAGACGCGCCUCAAACGAGGCACAAAAAUCGACCGAGGGAAAAAGGGUUGAAAAUGAAGCCACCUACUCGGAUCUGAAACAAAACACACACGAGCAAUACCGUGUUGGAGGAUCGAAUCGCCACCUAAUGGACCGUUUGCCUCACAUGCCUCACCUACACCGUCCGAGCAAAGAAGAGUUACUCGCUGCGGCUAGCGGGUUCUGGUCACGGCUGAAAGUGCGGUUCAAGUGGUUUUCCAUUCGAAGCGUUCGUCCCUUCAACUUUGACGAGAUAAGCGCCCUCUUUUCAUGGGUACUGUUGGGCCAUGUCGUCUGGGUGGUGUUGGGAACCACGACGUUCUUUUCGCUGCUGAUCAUCGCCAUUAACACUGUUUUUGCUCAAGAAACCCUGGCUGGAUGGGUCGGUAACUACCUGACAAGAUCAUCCGGGGUACAGGUUGUCUUUGAAUCGGCUAUUGUUCCCAAGUGGAAAGACGGUGUUAUCACCUUCAAAAACGUAUUUGUUUCUCGGCGACCGGGCCAGGGCACCGGUCACGUCAGUAAAGGUUCAUCCAAGACUGCCGCUGCUGUAGCCGCCGCCGCCGCAUUGCACGGGCAGCCGAGCCCUGAGAUAUCCGAACAACGCAUCAUUGCCGAGGAUGAGGAUACAAACUACACCCAGUUCGACGUAUCAAUCGAAACGGUCAACGUUACUUUGUCUUUUACAAAAUGGAUCAACGGAAAAGGACCGCUUCGGGACGUGGAAGUGAAAGGAAUCCGCGGAGUAGUUGACCGUCGAUACGUCCACUGGUCGGAUGAUGAUCUGGAUCCGAAGUCCUACCGGCAUGAGCAUCACCCUGGAGACUUUGAAAUUGACUCCUUCAAAAUGCACGACGUUCUGGUGACUGUCUACCAACCGGACAACUUCCGGCCGUUCUCUGUCAGCAUAUUCUCCUGCGACCUUCCCCAGCUGCGAAAGCAAUGGUUGUUGUAUGACUUCAUGUCUGCCAAUAUGAUGUCUGGGUCGUUUGAUAACUCCUUGUUCACGAUUCAUCCUCGGCAGACGCAUAGCUUCACCGGUGCACAGCUCGACGGUGGGCUUGAAGAGGAUGGGAAGCCAAGUCCGUGGAAGAAGCAUAGCCGGAUACGGAUUGAUGGUCUCAACAUCGACCAUCUGAACCGUGGUGUACAGGGUCCCUUUUCCUGGAUCCACGAGGGAACCGUCGACAUUGUGGCUGACAUCAUGUUUCCGGCGGAAAACGACGAAAGUCUGACGAAAGUUAUGGCUGAUCUGUAUGACCGCCUCGAAGCGACCGUCACUUCCAAUCGUUAUCACGAGUCGACGUCCGAGCAUCCGGCAGGGUCUCAUGAGGCUACUGUCGGCGACGAAGAUCGACGUUUCUUGGUCACCGAUCUUCGACUACAGAUGAACAACGUGCGAGCAGUUGUGCCACUGUUCACACGAGACCUUUCGUACAUAAAUAAUGCGCUGAUUCGGCCCAUUGUUGCAUAUAUCAAUUCCCGCCGAACAUUCAUUCCGGUCAAUUGCCGCCUCGUCAAGCGCGUUGGAGACUUUGACGGAAGCUGGACCACUUUUGACAGCGGGCUGAUGGACGAUCUCUCGGCAGCGGUAUACGAUGCCUUUGCACGGGAUGUCGUGGACGAGCAAGCCCGCAAACGUCGGUUCAAAAAGGUCGGCUUCUGGUCCCUUCAGCUUGCUGCGCAGGCCAUCUUCAUGGGGAUGGCGGGCAAUAUUGCGUGA